GAUGAUGCUGACUUCUGUCUCGCACCGACAGUGAAAUUGCUUUUGUUUCACUCCAAAGUCCAGUUUCGCUUGCUUCCUCAAAAUCUCAAUCUGUCCCUCCGAUCUGUCUCUCUUUUUCGGCAUUUCAAUUCCCAUUUCCAUUUCCAGAGGCGGGUUAUGGAUUCCUUAGCAUUGUUAUUACUUUCCAUAUUUCUCUUACUCUCACCCAUUGGAAUAAAGAAAAGCAAUGCUUCAAUCCACAUCUACCACAACGACCCUUUCAGAGAAGUGGGUAACGCUUACCUUCUCUCCGGUGGUAGCGAAGGCCUCAUGGCUACACCUUUCUCUUCAUCAAACCACAUCUCUUACAUCCGCUUUGAGAAUAUCACCUUCUGGAGGAGCAAGGAUGUUGCUGACCAGCACUCAGACAUGGAGCAUAGUUCUGGGUUGGUACAAGCUAUAAUUUUUGAGGCAGCUGACCGUAAUAAUAUUGGUGGUUCCGCUUAUGGUGGACAAAGAGCUAUAUGCUGCACACCUGAUCUUGCUAAGAUGGAAGGUUGUAAGCAAGGUGAAGUUCUUAGGAGACCCUCUGCAACAGAUAUCAACUGGCCAGUUGUUUUAGAUGUACAGUUCAGUGGGAACUCUUUAUUUACAAAAAUGGAUUACAAGGAGGUUCCUAUCACAAAGACUGGAAUGUAUAACUUGUUUUUUGUGGCAUGUGAUCCAAAACUCAAGGAACUAGUAAUGAGUGGGAAAACAAUGUGGAAAAAUCCUGAUGGUUAUUUGCCUGGUAGGAUGGCGCCAUUAAAGAAGUUUUAUGUAUUUAUGUCACUUGCUUAUGUGAUUCUUAGUAUCAUUUGGUUUACUCAGUAUGUGAGGUUUUGGAAGGAUAUACUGCAACUUCAGCAUUGCAUCACUGCUGUUAUUGCUCUUGGGUUAUUUGAGAUGAUUCUUUGGUAUUUUGAGUAUGUAAAUUUUAACGAUACUGGAAUAAGGCCAGUUGUAGUUACAACUUGGGUUGUAACAGUUGGAGCUGUUAGGAAAACAGUUUCACGCCUUCUCAUCCUCUCUGUUUCAAUGGGUUAUGGCGUUGUGCGGCCCACUCUUGGCGGUCUUACCUCAAAGGUGCUUCUUAUUGGGAUAACUUACUUUUUGGCAUCUGAGUUGCUGGAUAUUACUGAGUAUGUGGGGACCAUCAAUGACAUAUCAGGAAGGGCAAGACUAUUUUUAGUUCUUCCUGAUGCUUUCCUGGAUGCAUUUUUGAUAUUGUGGAUUUUUACAUCUCUUUCAAGAACACUAGAGCAGUUACAGGCAAAAAGGAGUUCUGCUAAGUUGGAUAUAUAUAGGAAGUUCUCAAAUGCAUUAGCUGUGACAGUAAUUGCCUCAGUUGCUUGGAUAGGAUAUGAGGUCUACUUCAAAGCAACCGAUCCAUUCAAUGAGCGAUGGCAGAGUGCUUGGAUCAUCACUGCUUUCUGGGACAUUCUUGCAUUUGCAUUGCUCUGUGUAAUCUGCUAUCUGUGGGCCCCAUCUCAGAGCUCUCAACGGUAUGCUUACUCUGAGGAAGUGGGAGAAGAAUCUGAUGAAGAAGCUCAUUCUCUAACCAGUAGAAAGGGGGAGGGUGAUAUCAGUUUAGUCAAGCAAGAGAAGAAUGUUGGAACCAAUGAUGAUUUUGAACAAGAAGAUGAUGAGGAAGAAGAUAAGAGGGAAUGAUCACGCAAUAAUUUUUGGUUGUGCGUUAUGGUCAUGUUAAUAUGAGCUCUGGGGUUGAGUCUGUUGAGAUCAGCCUAUUCUCCCUGGAGUAACAUUUAUUGCUUCAAUGAUGACCCUGGUAUGCAAUGGGGUGGUGUAAGAUUUUGUAAAAGUGUUCUAGGGUCAAAAGGCUGCUUACUAUUUUUGAUAUUUUUUUUCCACAAUAUUAGCUUUGUUUCUUUGUGCAUGUAUAACAUAUGUUGCAAAUGGUGAUGUCAAUAGGGUAAAGCAGCUUGAGAGAGAGAAUGGGAUUGAAAUAUUAGAUGUCAAUGCCCUUGACAAUACGUGUGUCAUCAUGAUUAAUUGUGAGCUUGGAUUGUCAUGUGAUGCCAUUUCUUCUCUAUUUUUUAGCAUCUAAUGUAAUUCAAUUUGUUCA